AUGUCCAAAAACCCAGCGGGAUACGUCAAAGUUGGCACACACGAUCCAUCAGAGGCGUACGAUGAUGUACAAGCUGAACAAGAAGGGGAUCUCUUGCUCCGGCCGAUCCUGCACGAUGAGAUCCUGGACCGGGCUUCUUCGCACGACACUUCCAAAGGGAUAACCGAGGCUAAGAAUCGAAGCGGCAGGAUCUCGAUCUCCUCACCAGUUCAGUCCGAUGAGUUUUCUGAGGAUCAGCAAGACAAGAGGCCCAAGCACCCCGAAGGGAGCGCCGAGAAUAUGGUUGCAAAAGUGGUACCCGAGACUGAUGACCCGACAAUGUUGACCAACACGAUUAGGGUAUGGCUGAUCGGUGGUGCAUUGGGUGCGAUGGGAGCAGGCAUCAAUCAGAUUUUCUUCUUUAAAUCCAACGGGAUUGGUUUUGGGGGAUUUUUUAUCACCCUUGUGAGCUAUGCAGCUGGAAAAUUAAUGGCUGCCACGUUACCUGCUUGGAAUAUUCAACUGCCCAAUCCAUUUGGAUUUAUCUCUACAAGCAGAACGAAUCGAUGGCUUUUCGAGGUUUCCUUAAACCCUGGUGAUUUCAGUGUAAAGGAACACAUGUUGAUCGGUGUCUUGGCCGGAUGUGCCUCUUCAGCCGCCUAUGCCGGAGAUAUAGUAGCCGUUCAAGACCUUUAUUAUCAUCAAGAUAUGGGGCAUUUCGGGGCUUUACUCCUGAUUUUAUCUACCCAGCUGCUGGGAUUUGGUUUGUCAGGCUUGACGUAUUCCAUUUUGAUUCGACCUACCGCGAUGGUUUGGCCGAGUUCAUUGGUGGUGGUCACGCUUUAUAACACCCUUCACGCGGUUGGCGAUGGUACUCAGGAAAGCAGAGAUUUCACCAAGGCUCGAAUGAGAUUUUUUACGAUGAUCUUUAUAAUGAUCUUCGUGUAUCAAUUUUUGCCAUCCGUUUUGGCCCCUACUCUUACCAGCAUCUCGAUCAUAUGUAUUAUCAACAACAGAUCUACAUUCAUGAGGGUUUUAGGUUCUGCAUGUGAGCUUAGAGUAGGAAUAUUCAGAUUUUUCAACAGCAUUAGAAAAGCAGAACUUCGUCAGCUGACUGAUCGACCUUUUAGAUACCGGAGCUGGUCUAUUAACCGUCUCGCUGGAUUGGACCGUCAUUGGAUCAGCUCUCUUUUCACGCCAUUCUUCGCCUCUUUUAACUACUUCGGGGGCAUGGCGUGCUCGAUGUGGAUUUUCGUCCCGUUGAUGUGGUAUUUCGAUAUUUGGAAAAAUCGAAGCUUUGGGGAUAAUGCUGUCUCUGCUCGGCUAUUUGACCAAAGCUAUAAAAAGUAUAACGUGUCGGCUGUGGUAAAGCCAGAUUUUACAUUAGACGAGCAAAAGUUUCAAGAGCUGGGGCCAAUUCAAUUGACGCCAUAUUUCGCAGUCUCGUAUGGUGUUAGCUUUGCGGUCUUGACAUCUGCCGUUGUGACCGUCUUUCUAUUUCACUCUGACGACAUCAAGUCCGCCCUUUCAGCCCGGAACAAAACAUCCACUGAUGUGCAUGUUGAAAUUAUGGAGAGGAAUUACGAAAACGUGCCUACAAGUUGGUACGCAUGGAUCGGCGGCACAAUGUUUCUUGCUUCGAUAUUCGUUGUCUGGUUUUAUCCACUACAGUGUCCUGUUUGGGCAUUAUUGCUAGCACUAGGAAUGGCGACUCUCUUCAUUAUCCCAAUGGGCAUCAUCAAUGCAACCACCAACACACAGAUUGGAUUGAAUGUGAUCACUGAGUUUGUUGCAGGAAUUCUACUACCUGGAAGACCUUUGGCAAAUAUCACAUUCAAAGUGUACGGCUACAUGACCAUGAGUCAAUGUCUCGAUCUGGCGUCCGAUUUGAAAUUAGGAAUUUAUGCUAAAAUACCACCCAAGGAUAUGUUUACAUUUCAGAUCGUCGGGACUUCGAUAGGAGCAGUGAUCAAUUAUAUAUUCAUUCGUUCAGUGAUCGCAGACAAGAGAGAGAUGUUGGAUGGUACGGUAGUAGAUCCAAGUGGUCAAUGGACCGGUCGGAAGCCAGAAGUAUUUUACUCGGCCUCAGUGAUUUGGGGGUUGAUUGGACCCCUCAAAUUCUUUUCUGGUAAAUAUAGGGUCUUGUUUUGGGGAUUUCCAAUCGGCGCUCUCCUACCUAUCAUACCUUGGUUCAUGUCACGGAAUAAUCCCAAAAGUGCAUGGAGAACGCUAAGCAUUCCGCUUUUUCUUCAUGGCGCCAUCACACCUCCCCAGAUCCCCACCAAUGUCAUAGGUGUGGGGUUUCUAGCAGCCUUUAUGUCGCAAUAUUGGGCACUGAAGUAUCGUCCAAAAUGGUUCGAGAAAUAUAACUAUGUGCUCUCGAGUGCACUGGAUGCCGGGACCAGUUUGAACGCGUUGGCAGUCUACUUGCUUGGUUUAGAGGCGGCGCACUCAUGGUGGAAUCCGACAAGUGAUGCAGAACAUUGCAAACCUGGAUCAUAA